UUCAGAUUCAGUUGUUUAAUUGGAUAAAAAGAUAAAUAUAAAAUUCCGAAAAAUAAGUUCAGCAUGGUUACGAGCUAAUUUUAUUAAAAUAAGCUAAGUGACAAUGUAUAAAUUGUACAACAAGUAAGUUAAACAUAAACGUACAAUACAUUCAGUACAUAAGAUAACAUUCUGAAUGUGUGACUGUUGAUCCUCACACGGCAUGUAACAGAUGAUACCAAUCUUAGAGUUGAAGAUAGAAAGAUAACCGUGAUGAACUCGCUACUGCUCGUGUUGCUGUUCCUGUCCCAUGGUCUCACCUUCAAAUCCUCGAAAUCUAAAUGCCGGGUUGUUCCACUUGUUGCGCGCCGCAAGAUUGGUGCAGACACAAUUCUCUCCGCAUCGGUUCAAUCCUUCUACCUUAACAACAAGGACGGUCCAUUCUCCGGCAAACUCAAGGUUCGGAAGGUGUUCCAGGGCGGAGGGGCGGAGAAACAGGCGGAAGAGAGGCGGACGGGCGUGUCAAGUCGUGAGGAUAAUGAUGGGGUUUUCCUGGAGGGGCGGAGCAUAAUCGUGGAAGGGUUGGGAGACCCGGAUAUAUGUGUAUCCACCCCUAGACUCGGGGAUACUAAACUCUUCUUCCUAGAUCUGGUGGACCCUGCAGUUCCAAGAUAUAAACUUCAUUCCAGUAUUCUCCGUCUUAGUCUCAAGAAUCUCAAGGUUCUUUGGAACCUAGAGAAGGGAGAAGGUGUUGAUUCUAAGUGUACUGCAGCCUGUCAGUUUGGUGGAGUAUGUUUGAACGGUAUCUGUACAUGUCAGGACAAAUGUACAGCCAAACCUUAUCCUAUCUGUGCUAACGACGGAAAAACGGUAAGUUUUAAUUUUUCAAGAUUUGUUUAGGAAUUGGUUCAUGAAUUGGUUCAUGAAUUGGUUCAUGAAUUGGUUCAUAAAUUGGUUCAUAAAUUGGUUCAUGAAUUGGUUCAUGAGUUGGUUCAUGAAUUGGUUCAGAAAUUGGUUUAAAAAUGGAUUCAUGAAUUGGUUCAUUAAUUGGUUCAUGAAUUGGUUUAUGAAUUGGUUCAUGAAUUGAUUAAUGAAUUGGUUCAUGAAUUGGUUCGGAAAUUGGUUUAGAAAUGAGUUCAAGAAUUGCAGUUCAUGAAUUGGUUCAUGAAUUGGUUCAUUAAUUGGUUCAUGAAUUGGUUCAGAAAUGGGUUCAUAAUUGGUUAAUGAAUUGGUUUAUGAUGUGGUUCAUGAAUUGGUUCAUGAAUUUGUUCAUGAACUGGUUCAUGAAAUUGGUUCAUGACUUGGUUCAUGAAUUGGUUCAUGAAUUGGUUCAUAAAUUGGUUUAUGAAUUGGUUCAUGAACUGGUUCAUGAAUUGGUUCAUGAAUUGGUUCAUAAAUUGGUUCAUGAGUUGGUUCAUGAAUUGGUUCAUGAAUUGGUUCAUAAAUUGGUUCAUGAGUUGGUUCAUUAAUUGGUUCAUGAAUUGGUUCAUGAAUUGGUUCGGAAAUUGGUUUAGAAAUGAGUUCAAGAAUUGCAGUUAAUGAAUUGGUCCAUGAAUUGGUUCAUUAAUUGGUUCAUGAAUUGGUUCAGAAAUGGGUUCAUAAUUGGUUCAUAAAUUGGUUUAUGAGUUGGUUCAUGAAUUGGUUCAUGAAUUGGUUCAUGAAUUGGUUCAUAAAUAGGUUCGGAAAUUGGUUCAUUAAUUGGUUCAUGAAUUGGUUCAGAAAUGGGUUCAGCGUUGGUUCAGGAAUCGGUUCAUAAAUAGGUUCAGAGAUUGGUUCAUGAAUUGGUUAAUGAAUAGGUGCAGGUAUUAGUUCUGACAGUAGUUAAGGAAUUGGUUCAGGUAUUGGUUCAGACAGUGGUUCAUGAAUUGGUUCAGGUAUUGGUUCAGACAGUGGUUCAGGAAUUGGUUCAGGUAUUGGUUCAGGCAGUGGUUCAAGGAUUAGUUUAAGAAGCUAAGAAGAUUCAAUAUUUCCCCAGUGCAGGGGAUCAGUAAUUUUCUUUCCUCGAUGUACAAUUUCUCUUAAUCACAUCACAUUAGAAAUAUAAAACUCUAAUGAAGAAUAUUCAGUAAAGAGGAUAUCUAGGAAUUAAAGGGACUGGAGACAUUAUUUAAGUUGACGUGUCUGAUUCACAACCGUGUAUAUAUAUGUACACUAUGUAAUCGUUUUCUCUAGAAAAAGGACUUGCCCAUUUCUGUAACAUCAUGGAAGCAUGCAGGAAAUUUAAGAAUUAAAAACUGUUAAACCUAGAAAAACAAGAAAAUGUUCCACAUUAUUGGCUAGAUAUAGGUUUCAAGAGUACCGUUGUUUAUCAUCUUCAUGUAGAGGGUUAAUUGAAAUUAUGCUUACAGUCCCUUCAAGUGCUAAUAGUAAUACUCUCAGAUAUGGAUGAAUUGGCUGAAUUAAAAUCUGCGUAUUGAUCAAAACCAUCUGCGUAUGCGAUCUUAAAAGUCAUAUAAGCAAUUUUGCAAUCAGUUCAAGCAUGCAAACUGUUCAAUUUUGCAAUCAGUUCAAGUAUGCAAACUGUUCAAUUUUGCAAUUAGUUCAAGUAUGUUCAAUUUUGCAAUUAGUUCAAGUAUGUUCAAUUUUGCAAUUAGUUCAAGCAUGUUCAAUUUUGCAAUUAGUUCAAGCAUGUUCAAUUUUGCAAUUAG